CUGGGAUAGACGUUCGCAUUUCAGAAGGAGCAUGCUGUGCCCGACUCGGUGCUAUAUCGCGGGCGUGCUCAGCUACGUGCUGCUUCUAUCGACGCUCGCGACGGCCAAAGUCGCGCCACGCGUCCACCGGCACUUGGCCGUGUACGACACCAUGGACAUCUUUGUGACGUUUACGAGUCACCAAGCAGCACUGGACCGCGUGGCAUCGACGCCGGCGCACCGCGACCACCGGACUCGCGUCUUCGAAGCGCUGCGUGACCACGCGAUUGCGUCGCAAAAGGCGGCGCUGGCGCUUCUGCACGACCACACUAGUAAGUCUUUUUGGAUCAGUUGCAGCGCUGUCGUGCACAACGCGUCGGCAUCGAUCGUCGCGGCGCUCGCCUUGCUCGCCGACGUCGUUACGAUCGAACCAAUCUCGGUGGUCGAGCUCGAUCCGGUGCUGGCGGGUGUCGAUGACAACACGACGUCGACGGACGUCGAGUGGGGUGUGGCGACGAUUGGCGCGCCGGCCAUGUGGCCAAUCACCAACGGAUCCGGUAUCGUCGUCGGCUCGAUCGACACGGGCGUACGCCAUUCGCACGAAGCGCUCAAAAGCAACUGGCGCCGCCACCGGGGCUGGUACGACCCGUACAACCGCACGCGUCUACCAAGCGACGAUACGGGCCAUGGCACGCACACGACGGGCACGAUGGUGGGUCGUCACGGCAUCGGCGUUGCCCCCGGCGCGCAGUGGAUUGCGUGCAAAGGACUUUUGAACGGCCGCGGGACGUCGGCGGCGCUGCUCGAGUGCGCGCAAUUCAUGCUAUGCCCAACGUACUCCGACGGCAACCACCCCGAUUGCAGCCAAGGCGCCGAUGUCGUCAACAACUCGUGGGGCGGCGCGACGUUCCACCCGUGGUUCGAAGGCGCAGUUGCUGCGUGGCACAAGGCGGGUAUCACGCCGGUCUUUUCAAUUGGCAACAAGGGCCCAGCGUGUGCGAGUGCUGGCAACCCUGGCGGGUACCCCAACGUCCUUUCAGUCGGCGCCGUGGGCUCCCACACAAACGACCCGUCGCAGCUCGCAUACUUUUCGGCCAAAGGCCCCGCCACGUAUAAAGAUCGUCGUGGUGUCGUGUCCAAGCUCAUCAAGCCGGUCGUGGCUGCACCCGGCUUUUUCAUUCGGUCCGCCAAGUUCACGGGCAACCACCGCUACGGGCAGCUCGCAGGCACAAGCAUGGCCGCACCGCAUGUCUCGGGCAUCGUCGCGCUCCUGAAGAGCCACGACCCGGCGCUCACGUACGACGACAUUUACAAACUCGUCACCGAAACCACCGAGCGCGCGUCGUUGCAACCGGAGCCUACGACGUGGGCCAUGCCAUGCAACGUGACGGCGCCGGGCGCUUUCAACUGCGGUGGCACGCCCGAUACGACAUGGCCCAACAACCGGUAUGGCUACGGCCGCGUGAGCGUCACCAACAUGAUGCGUCACCUUGACGCAGCGACUCUGGUGUCGGCACCGUUUCCAGUCGUCGCCCUCGCUCGCGUUGCGCUGCCCGACGCAACGCCGGUGCCAAUCGCGUUGGUGACGUACACGAAGCAGGUUUUGGCAGCGUGGGACGACUGUCUCAUCACCGACACGGUGCACAACACAACCCACGAGCGAUUUUAUUACGACGCUCACCGUCAAGUGCUUCAGUCAGAGCAUCUUCAUGGUCACUGCCUCGACGUGAUCCACGACGUUGUAGUGCAAUGGAAGCCCUGCAACGAUGCGGCGCGGUCGCAGAAAUGGCGACUGGAAGAUGACCACAUUGCGUCCGUGUUGUUACCAGGGUCGUGCGUCGACAUCCAGACGCCCGGUCCACGCGUGACGCUGGCGCCGUGCGAGCCAUUCGCGCUCACCCAGUGGUUUCGAUCGACAGUGACGACGGAGCUACAGUCGCCACGUGCGACCAUAUUUGUGCGACUGACGACCAAGGACCGCCGCGUGCUCGCGCGUGACGGGCAUGACGUGGCGUCGCGCAGGGCUCUCGAUACCAUUUACGAAGUCUUUGAGUAUGACGCCCACACGCAGCUGCUUCAAACGGGUGACACGACUGCGCCACUGUGCUGGACCGCGCACGGCACGUCGCUGCAGCUUUUGCCGUGCGACGCAUCGGCGACGUCUCAAGAGUGGACGAUCGAUGGUACGCACCGUCGUCUCCGUCAAGGCGAGUGGUGCGUCGAGGUGGCGCCCAACCGUGUCGAGGUUCAGCUGGCACGGUGCCAGUACGCUCACGUCGGGCAGUGGAUCGACGCAAUCUAUGUGUCUGUCUAGUCGAUAUUGCACUUUAUUUUUUGCAAAUAGUGUUGAUUUCUGAUGAAAUAGCUGGUUAUACAAGUUGUUGGGAAA